GCUAAAAUGUAGACUAAUUAUCAGAGCUCUUCUGAACUUGUUAAAAACGAACCAAAAAGUCAAACAUACAGCGUAUGUGAAAAGUACAUGAAUUGGUUCACAUGAUUUUUAAUUUUGUUAAUAGAAAAACUUGACUGUAAUAAAUUUUGACGCAAUAAAUUAUGAACAAGUUUCGAGUCGGCGACCUAAGAGUUCGGGAAACGGGCGCCGAGGACGAAAUGGACUCGUUAUUGUCGAAUAAAGAGCCGUUAGAAUCAGGAAGCAGAGACGAUAGCAUCUCGGACGAAAACGAGAAAGCCGAACUUUGUGGCGUCGGCGCUUGGACUCCGAAACUGAUGCAAAAAUUAAACAACUCGGAUUGCGCUCUUCUCUUUUUAUCUCUUCUUGUGUGUUUCGAAGGCAUGGUUCUUUAUGGCGAGGCACCCACAACUUUAUCGAGUAUCGAGACCAGAUACGAUUUCAAAAGUUGGGUGGCUGGUUUUUUAUUGAGCAUGAGUGAUGUUGGAAUUGCGUUGACUUUGAUUCCCAUCAGCUAUUUAGGCUCCAAUGUGAAUAAGUGUCAGUGGAUAGCAUACGGAGCUGUGUCCUUUUCCAUAGGUUGUCUGCUAUACUCAGCCCCCCACUUUCUGAGUGACAGCUACCAACUGUCAUCCAACUUGACACUCGUUCAGAAUGGACACCUGUGCGGGAUAUCUGAUAAUGACUCAUUUAACUACACUUUUAACGAAGAUGAUGAUGACCUCACCAGAAGAUCAGGUCACUGUGACUUCGUGCAGGACAGCAAGACAGGGUUCUUCGCAAAAGGCGUCUAUUUUCUGCUGUUCGCAGCCGGUCGGUUUCUGCAGGGCGCAGGCUGUGUGCCUCUGUACGUUCUAGCUAUAGUCUACCUGGACGAGAACGUCCUACCUUCUCGCAGCUCACUUUACAUGGGCAUCUUCUACUGUCUCUCUCUAGUCGGACCCACUGGCGGGUACAUAAUUGGCGCUCUCUUUCUUCGAGUGUACGUGAAUGUUGACAAAGUGUUUCGAGACGACAGCUUCGAAGUGAGUCAAGAUAACCCCCUCUGGAUCGGCGCCUGGUGGGCGGGGUAUCUUCUGGGAGCUGUGCUGGUGAUGUUGUGCGCUGUUCCAGUUUCGCUUUAUCCAAAGCGCUUGCCAGGAUACAAAGAAGUGCAGGCGCAGCGGGUGAGUGAAGUUCACAAAGACGAAAGCGAACUAGAGCGAACUCUGCUGAGUAGUGACGAGGACCACACCACUAAAUUGAGACAGGUGUGGGGGGCCACUAAGGACUUGAUAGUGGGCAACAGACCCUUUCUACUCCUAAGUCUCAGCAACUCAUGUGACUCCUUCCUCAUAUUCGGAAUGGCCGCCUUCUUCCCAAAGUACCUCGAGUCCCAGUUUAACUUGACGGCUAGCAGUGCAGCCUUGAUGGCAGCAGCUGUCGCAGUGCCUUCUGCUGGCGGAGGGACAUUCCUCGGAGGUUGGGUUGUGGAGCGAUUCGACAUGUCUGCGACCCAAAUCAUCUCUUUCUGCAAAUGGGUCACAUUUUUAAGUGUGCCACUGCUGCUAGUGUUCCUGGUACCUUGUGGGAACCAAGAUUACGCAGGAAUCAACUAUGACUACCCUUUCGAUGAAACAAAUCUGGAACUAGAUCCCAAUCAUAACUUUGAGUCCAGGUUUCUGUCAUAUUGCAACUCCGAGUGCAAUUGCAUGGACGAAGACUACUUCCCACUGUGUGGUAUAGACAGCGUCCAAUAUUACUCACCAUGCCACGCAGGAUGUGUUUCGGAUGUAGAUCCAGGGUCCAAAAUGGCCAUUGAAACGUACACGAAUUGCUCUUGUGUUGGUGCCUCGAAAACAGCGAAGCCCGGUUUGUGUGGAUACAAGUGCAGUUAUGGGUUUGCGCUCUAUUUGGGCCUGUUUUCAAUCAUAGUGUCAACUAGCUUGUCGUUCGUGCCAACAAAGGUGGCCAUUCUGCGGAUAGUGCCUGGCCACCAGCGGAGUCUGGCACUGGGACUGCGGUGGGUGCUGAGUUGUAUCUUUGGCUCCAUUCCUGGUCCAGUUCUCAUUGGACUCAUGUUCGACGGGGGAUGUGUGCUUUAUAAGAGGGAGUGCGGUCUCAAAGAGAACAACUGUGUGGUGUAUGACUCUAUCCACUUGAGAAUCAUGUGUAUGUUGGUGGCCCUCAUCAUGAAAGUGGGCUGCUGUGUGCUGCUCUACAUGGCAGAGAAGUCAUACAGACCCCCUGUGGAUGAAACCAGUCGCAUACUAGAAGAACCGAACGACCAAGACGCUUCUGAAGAUUCGUCAAAAAAUAGCCAAAUUAAUUUUUAUGAUUUAAUAAAAAAUUAGUGUACAAAAUAUAGCUGCUGGAUGACCAGAUUUAAUUGUUGUAAGAAAAUACUAAAUUCUAAGAGGAUCAAAGUUUGUAAUUUGCGUAAUGAGAUUCUCAUGUGAAAUAGGAGCUACUUGUAACCAGUAAUAGAGCCAGGUGCAGAUCUAGAAAAUCCU